CCACUUCCCCCGUAGCCAGGCCCACCGUCACAAGCCGCGGGCCGGUCAUCUCAGCUAGCAGGAGCCUCUCCCAUUCUAACCCUCGGACGCUGGGGCUCCGCGUCCCACAAAAGGUCGAGCUGACAUCACAAAAACCUCGACCGCGCCAAGGCUACGGGUCUGGGAACACCUCCCAGUGCUUCACCUCCCCUUUCCCUCACCUCUAUACUUGGGCGGUGGGGCGGGAGCCCAGGGAUAUGCGACCAAAGAGACCCCGGGCCUUCCACGGAGCCAGGUACUCACCUUCUCAGUUGCCCCGCGGACACUUCCGCUAGGGACAGAGGCGCUGCGCGCGCAUCCUCUGCCCCGAGGCAGGACAACGCCCGCGCAGGCGCUGCUGACUUCCCCACUGCCCCCGGGAUAUGCCUACCUGGGAACUCCAUUUCCCAGACGCCCACUUGGAACACUGCCUCCUUCUAUUGCGCAUGUGCAAGCAUGGAGCCAAUGGUAAGGAGCCACGCACUACACGGGGCAUCUCUCCACCAAUAAGAUCAAACUAUCGUUUCCUCUCUCAAAUCUGCCUCUCAUAUUCACGCGCCUUUUAGGGAGCCCAACUUCCUCCACAAUGCGUUUCCAUGCCAACGUUUUGGUUGUCCACUUCCGAAAUGGAAAAGGCUUCUAGGAAAGGCGGGAGAAUCCUGAUUAAGUUGUCCUUCAAUCGAGUAAAUACUGGACUACAAUCCCACCUGGUUUCUACGUAAUCUUUUUCCCUAGAGUGCUCAGCAGAGCCUCUAAAAGUGGAGAAAGCCUAAGGGAAGGCGCCCGCACAGCCUCCUGGGAAAUGGAGUCUUGGCGCCGGCGCGGAGGAUUUUGGGCGGAGUAGCUCUGAGGAGAUUCGCGCGGCACCGGAAGUAGCUGUGAGGAGGCGCGAGUAAGAGGAGUUGGGUUCCUGGCUCCCUCGGGGCUGCGGUCGCGUCUGUUAACCGGGCGGACAGCAAUCUCGAGGGUCUCAUCCAGCAUGGACAGGGAGUCAACUAUAGGAAGAAGGGAGACUUUCUCGUGGCUCCCUUGUCUUUCCUGCAGCCCUACCAGCCGGAAACAUGGAGGGGAAGGAGGAGGAGCUUAAACAGGGACUCCAGGCACUGGGCCCCAGUCAGCUAUGACUGAGGAGUUUGUGACCCUCAAGGACGUGGCCAUGGACUUCACCUUGGAGGAUUGGGAGCAGCUGGGGCUGGACCAGGGGGAUCUGUUCUGGGACACAGCACUGGACAACUACCAGAACCUCUUCCUGCUCAACCCCCCCAGACCUAAUGUGACCUCCCACCCAGGUGAUGGAGAAGAACUGGAAGCCCUGGGAAGAGAAAGCUCAAAAGCAAUGGACCUUGAUACGGCUGAACCCAAGAGCUCCCCUCUUAAGCAAGACUUCUUGGAAGAAGGACUAUCCCAGGAGAUAAUGGAGACCUUUUCAAAGGAUGCACACUGGUACUCCAGUUUGGGAGAAGCCUGUAUCGGUGAGAGCUGGUUAGAUAAUCUGCUAGGAGAUCCUGAGAGUCUUCUGAGGCCUGACUUUGCCACCAACAAGGAAAGUCCCACAAAGUGCAGUAGCCCAGAGCUCAAGAGAGGCUUUAGUCCUAGCUCCUUCCUCUUCACAGGAGAGGAUACCAUGGUGCAUGAUCGUCCUGAAGAGAGCCUCACACCAGCAAAGCCUCAGGAAUUUCAGAAUGACAUUGGCUACUGCUCAGACCGGAGCCAACAGGAUGAUACAGUCGAGGGCAGCGAGAAACCAUAUAAAUGUAGUGAAUGUGGGAAAACCUUCAGUCGGAGUUACCACCUUAUCCAGCACUGGGUCAUUCACACUAGAGAGAAAGCCACCACCAUGUCCCAGGACAAUGAGAAAAGUUUCAACCAGAGUUCUUGCCUUUUUGUGCAGCAGGUGCCUCACUCAGGCUACAAAUCCUGUGUGUGUAACGUGUGUGGGAAAACUUUUAAUCAGAAUACACACCUCCUGUGGCAUCAGAAAAUUCACACUGGAGAAAAACUGUGCAAGAGUCAAGACAAUAACCACUCGUUCAGUAACAGUGUGCAGCCUGUGCAGCCUCAGAAAACUCACUCAGCUGGCAGACUCUACAAAUGUAAUGAAUGCAGCAAGACUUUCAGCCGAGCCUUCCAUCUCACUAGACAUCAGAAGACCCACAAUCGGAAACGCUAUGAAUGCGCCAGAUGCAACGAGACCUUCAACUUGAGUAAACAUCUCAUCCGACAUCAGAAGACUCAUGCUGUAAAAACUACCUCCAAAUGUCAGGAAUGUGGGAAGGCCUUCAGGUGCAGUGCAUCACUCAUUGAACACCAGUCUGUCCACACGGGAGAGAAGCCUUACAAGUGUAACGAAUGUGGGAAACUCUUCAGGCAUGCCUCAACUCUAAAGAUCCAUCAGAGGGUUCACAGUGGGGAGAAACCUUACAAAUGCAGCGAGUGCGGGAGAGCCUUCUGCCGGAACACUCAUCUUAGCGAACAUAAGAGAACUCAUACGGGCUAUAGGCCCCACAAAUGUCCUGAAUGUGUCAAGAGUUUCAACCGGCCGUCACACCUGAUUCGACAUCAGUCGACUCAUAGCACAGACAAACCCUACAGCUGUGCUGACUGCAAGGAAACCUUCAGCCACAAUGAACGCCUUAUUCAGCAUCAGAAGAUCCAUACUGUAGAAGCCCCCUACGAAUGUCAGGAGUGUGGAGAACGCUUCAUUUGCAGCUCAACCCUAAGUUAUCAUCAGGAUGUUCACACCAGAGAAAAACAAGGAUUGGAUGAGAAUGGGAAGAUCUUGAAUCAGGACUCACAACCUACAGAGUACCUAAGGAUUGGAGAGAAGCUCUACAAGUGUAACAAAUGUGAGAAAGCCUUUAGCCGAAACAAGUACCUAAAUCAGCAUCAGAGGAUUCACACCAGGCCGAAGCCUUUUGAGUGUAGCCAAUGUGGGAAAGCCUUUAGCCAAAGCAGACAGCUUAUUCGCCAUCAGAGAACCCACUCUAGAGCAAAACCCUAUGAAUGUGGCGAAUGUGGGAAAACCUUCAGCCGCAGCUCCUCCUUCACCGAGCAUCAGGCCACCCACACAAGUGAGUACCCAUUUAAAUGUAAUGAGUGCGGAAAGACCUUCAGCCAAAGCACACAUCUCUCAGAACAUCAGUUAGUUCACACUGGAGAGAAACCUUUCAAAUGUAGCAAGUGUGACAAAAUCUUCACCCAGGUAAAUUACCUCAUUCGGCAUCAGAGAAUUCAUGCUGGAAAGAAGCCGUUUGAGUGUAAAGAGUGUGGCAAAACUUUCCGCCAGAGCUCGUGCCUUUCCAAACAUCAGAGAGUUCACACAGGCGAGAAACCCUUCAAAUGCAGUGACUGUAGCAAGACCUUCAGCCUGGGCACCCAGCUUACCCGACACCAGAGAGUUCACACUGGGGAAAAGCCUUACACUUGUAAGGAAUGUGGGAAAGCCUUCAGCCAGAGCUCAUGCCUUUCCGUUCACCAGAGAAUUCACACUGGCGAGAAGCCCUACGUAUGUGUCGAAUGUGGGAAAGCCUUUGCCCAAAAAGCAAAUCUGACACAACACGAGAGAAUUCACACUGGCAAGAAGCCUUAUGCCUGCAAUGUGUGUGGCAAAGCCUUUGGCCUCAGUGUCCAUCUUAGUCAGCACCAGAGAAUUCACAGUCAAGAAAAACCUUAUCAGUGUCAACAUUGUCAGAAAGCCUUUAGAUGCUGCUCAGGCCUCAGCCGACACCAGCGAGUUCACACUCAAAACAAGUAGAAAGUAGCCGUAUUUUUCCGUGGCCAGUAGGUGGCAGCAGAGUCACAGAUGCUAGCAUAGUUCAUCUGAGUUCCAACGUUGAAACCACAUUGCAUGCUCUCUGCUCCCGAAUAAAUCUUUUUACUAAAAAAUACUUAUAAAAUUUACACACGAGUUACAUGAAAACACUGAGAACCAAUAUAGUGUUGGAAUUAAAAGGUAGCCUCUGGAGCCAGUCUUCCUGAGCUAAAUCCCAACUCUGUUAUCUAUUACCUCAGUGACCUUGGAAACAUUAUGGAACCACUCAGGGCCUUGGUCUCCUCAUCUGUAAAAUGGGAAUGAUAAUAGUUACUACCUCAGCGAGCUCUUGUGAAGAUUAAUUAGUAAAUGAAAAGCACUUAGAAUGAGUGUCCAGCACACCAAGUGUGAGCUAUAAAUAUAACAUCAAUAUACUCUUAUAUUAAAAGGAGAAAAAGAAUUGGCAACCUUUCAUCUCUCUGUUCACUGCACUUGAUAUCCUUACUAAAUGUUAUGCAUGGCUAUAACUUGAAGUUUUUCUCUGAAAUUACCGUUGGCUUAAUUUGGUUCUAAAAACCCAACUCCAUGCUGUCUUGACUUCUGGUCUUUCCCUUUUCCUCUGUCUCUGCUUUGUCUUAGGUUUUUUCUUAACUAACCCACAGAAAGCCGAGAGAAGCAUGCAAACUUAUCACACCUAACCUCAAAUGGUUGAAACUUUCAACUUUCAACCUCCCAAACCUCUCACUCAAAAAGGGUGCCCCUCCCACAUACACACACCACCUCUUCCCAUUUACUCCCUCCCCAAUUUAAAGCUGUUGGUUAAGUGAGACCCAUUUUAGCAUGGGAGUUAACAAUACCGAAAACACCACUGAACUCAGAAAAGCUGCAGUGAAUAUUACCACCCAGGAAACGACCUAUACAGAAGUGCGUGGUGAUUCAAAUCGUGUUCUAGGGAAAAGAUUGCUGGGAUGCUUACCACUCACCAAACAUCCAAGGCAGCACUCACUCACCAGGUGUGCUGCUGGUGAGUGAAAGGGAAAUGAAUGGCCUGAAGUUCACAGAGGAGUGCUGCUGGUUGACAGUCGACAUCUUAAGAUGCUCAUGUCACCUAUCAAGGUCUGUGGCCACCAAGGAUUGUUGGAGAGUCCAGUGAGGAAACAUCCUUCAUUUUGGAGCCCCCGAGUAAACCAUUCACCUUGGGCAAGCAUGUUCCAUAACCUGAGACUCACUUAAUGGAGCCACAUGGCCAGCUCCCUCUUGAUGGAGCCUCAACUCUGGGCAUCUGUGUCCUGCAGGUUAAGUAAACCAGUCAUACGUUAGCUGAAGCACAGUGGAACCUCAUGAAGACGGUGGACUGACACACUAAUCUUUCAUAUGUUUUGGUGCUUAAAGUUUACAGGUGUGUGCUCUGUACUCUUGGGCUUUUGAAACCUUGCACCUUGAGUUUUGCUGGUUGGUUUUGUUGUUUACGCUGUUUGAGAACUUACCAUAGGGCCCACACCACAGUGGAGAGCACACUGCUUUUCAAACAGCUAACCCUCAACUCCCUGCACAUAGCCCCUGCCCUCCAGAACCCUGUCCAGUCUGGGAAACAGGUCUGUUACACACUAAAGGUAUGUGGGAAGCGUUGUGGGGCAGGUCAGAGGUGGGCACCCAAAUUGAUAGGUUCGUGUUCACUGAGAGUGUUGACACCAAAGAGAGGUCAGAGCCCGUGUGGAAGGUUGGCAGCCAUUGGGGGCAGUCUCUGUAAUUUGUUACCUCUGUUGCUGUGGGCCAGUGCAGACCACCCUCCAUAUGUGCAUGUUUAUUCUCUGAUUAAAGUUUUGAGCAUGAAAACGUUCAUACCUUCUUUCCGCCUGAUGCCACAACACACCCAGCCAAACAGUGGGGUUGCAGGGACCCCAUGAAACACUCCUGUUCCAGUGUGGGAGGGAACUAAAUACACAAGUAACUACAGACAGAAGUGGCAGUUUUUACUUGAUAAAAGGGUAACAAACGGGAGAAGAGAAACAUGGGAGAGAAGGCUUGUGGCGAGGGGAUUAGGGGGGAUAACAUUUGAGAUGAACCUUGAAGGGGCAAAGAACAGUGUUAUCGGUGAAGGUGGGGAUAAGGGCACAGCAGGCAGAGGAAACGGCCUGAAUAAAGGCAGGGAAGGGGAAGUGUACCAGGGUUCAAGGUUGACAAAAGAUACACUCUAAUUGUGCAUGAGAUAAUGCUCUGCUUACAUGAAGAAGAGACGGAUGAGAUUCACUCGUAGAUGCCAGUCUCCAAUGGCCAGUGAGUCACCCUCUGCAGCCAGUGGAAGGCAGGUGUUCCACAGACACCCCUCAUGGUGCAGUCAAGGGAAACCCUGUUCCCUCGCCAUGUGAACAGAUAGAAAAGUUGGGUUGGCCAGGUGCUAUAUGGUGCCCUUGCAUAAGCAAGAGACAGAACGUUACUCUGUGCCCAGAACAGGGGGAAGCCUUCUCCAAUAAACAAAAGGGACUGGGAGAGAGAGAAACGCAAUGCCUAGCCUCGACAGAAUUUUCUGGGCCCAAGGCCUCUGCUUAGCCCGUAUGUCAGGUGUAGAGUCUGGCCAUUUCCCAACAGGGAGAGUGUCUCGUGAGCACUGUGCACUAGGCUAGAGGGUAAGGUAAGGGGAGGGAGGUAGUGUCCUGACCCACCCUACCAGUGCAUCUUUCCCGCAUUACUCUUGAGGGUUGGAAUGCUUUGUUCUUAACAAACAAGCAGUAUUCACUCAUUUCAUUCAUUCGGCCAGCAUUCACCACACAUCAUCAUUGUGCCUGGCUCAGUUCUUGGAGCCGAGGACACAGUGGAGAAUGAAACAGGGUCCCUGCUCUUAAUGAAGUUUAAAAAUCUAGUGAUUCCGGAACAACUAAGAUAACAGAUAAUCAAGAUAGUGUUAAGGGUAACCACUGCAGUCAACCCAGACUCAUGGAGACCCCAUGUAUGUCAGAACAGGGCUCCAUAGGGUUUCCAAUGGCUGAUUUUUCAGAAGUAGGUUGCCAGGCCUUUCUCCUGAGGCACCUCUGGAUGGACUCAGGCUUUCAGUUAGCAACUUUAACCGUUUGUACCACCCAGGGACUCCCAGUGAUAAGAAUUAUUGGGUACGUCAACUCAGCAACCGCAUGUGACAGAGUACAGCUGCCCCAUAGUGUUUCCUAGGAUGUCAUCUUUAUGGAAGCAGAUCAACAGGUCUUUCUCCUGUGGAGCUGCUGGGUGGGCUCGAAAUGCCAACCUUCCGGUUAGCAGCUGAACGCUUAACUGUUGUGCCACCAGGGCUCUUUGUGAUAAGGGUAAAAGGUAGCAAAGGCGGGUAAUGUGAUAGAGAAUAACGGGGGAGGCAGACCGCUUUAAGCAGAAUGAUCAGGGAAGGCAUCUGUGAGAAGGUGGCAUUUAACAGAGGCUCUUAGGAGGAACCAUCUGUGAAGUAUCAGAAGAGCAUUUCAUGCUGAAGGAACAGCAAAGGUAAAGGCUGGAAUGAGUCUGGCAGGUGUGAAAAAUUAAAAAAUUUGAGGCAACUUUAAAGAUAUCCUUGUAGGGAAUGAGUAGCAAGAGGUGUAAUGGCAAAGGGAAGGAGCCCUGGUGGCUUGAGGUUUAGCAGUUCUGAACCCGCCCAGAGGUUCUGUGGCAGAAAAGACCUGAAGGUCUACUCCCAUAAAGAUUACAGCCUAGAAAACCCUAUGGAGCAGUUCUGCUCUCACAAGGAGUCACUCUGAGUUGGCAUCAACUCGAGGGCACCUAACAACAAUGGUGAAGGGAGGGAGGCCAGCGAGGAGGCUGUUGUACUGUGGGAAUGAAGAGCAGUGGGUACGUUCAGCACAAAGCAGAGCUGUGGAAUCUGGCCUUAGGGUCUUGAGAGGCCUGCCCACUGAGGCAGUCCCUUAAGAAACUUUUUUGAACCCUGAAGCCAGUACACAAUUUACAAAUACUGCCAUAUUAAAAGGAGCUCUGGCGGCACAGUGAUUAAACACUUGGCUGCUAACCAAAAAG